AAUGGCGGCCGUACAAGGUGGUCAGGUCGACGCGGUUGAAGAAAAAGACAUAAAAACAGAACCAUCAAACGAUGGCUGUGGAAAUAAUAAUGCAAACGACGGAAGACUGCUCUCUACGUCCCCCGGCUCCAGUUCUUCGACUGGAAGUAAUAAAUCGACGGCGGGAGCUCCGGAGGACCAGCAGACGCUGCUGGCGGUCCUGCAAUUCCUCCGAAAGAACAAACUGAGCGAGUCCGUCGAAAUUUUGCGUCGUGAAGCGGGAUUACCAGAGGAUUCGUUGGAUCUGAAGGGGGGGGAUUCCUCUGGGGCAGGUUCGGGUGGUGCUGCAGGCAGUGUGGACCUUGAAGGCGGGGAUGCGAGCUCUCUUCUCAGCCGGGUGACCAGCUCAUCCUCCGCUGUAGCUCAGGCGCCAACUAAAGCUGCUGGGGAGGAUCAGCCAGAUGUGAACGUGGUGCUGUCAGCUUACAGCCAGCAGGGAGACCCGCCGCUGUACCAGGUUUACUACAGCGGCCUGAAGAGGUUCAUAGAAUCGGUUUUGGACUGUCACCGAGCCGAGCUGUCCCAGGUCUUCUACCCGCUGUUUGUGCACAUGUAUCUGGAACUGGUGUACAACAAUCACGAGAGUGAGGCCAAGGCGUUCUUUGAAAAGUUCAGUGGGGAUCAAGAGUGUUACUACGCAGACGACUUGCGUGUUUUGUCCAGCCUGUCCAAGAGGGAGCACAUGAGAGGCAACGAGACGCUGCUGGACUUUCGCACCAGCAAGUUCGUCCUGCGUAUCUCCCGUGACUCUUACCAGCUGCUGAAGAGGCACCUGCAGGAGCGCCAGAACAACCAGAUCUGGAAUAUCAUACAAGAGCACCUCUACAUUGACAUUUUCGAUGGCAUGCCACGUAGCAAGGGCCAGAUCGAUACCAUGUCUGGCAGCUUGGCAGGAGAGGGCAAGCGGGAGGCCAAUAAGGCUAAGGUGUACUAUGGACUGUUGAAGGAACCAGAAAUUGAGCUGCCUCUUGAUGACGAGGAUGAGGAGGCAGAGAAUGAGGAGGGCAAACCCAAGAAGAAGAAACCUAAAAAGGACAGCAUGGGCUCCAAGAGCAAGAAGCAGGAUCCUAAUGCACCUUCGCAGACGAGGAUACCUCUUCCAGAACUAAAGGAUUCAGACAAGCUGGACAAGAUCAUGUACAUGAAGGAAGCCACGAAGAGGAUCCGCCUGGGACCAGAUAACCUGCCCUCCAUCUGCUUCUACUCUUUCCUCAAUGCUUACCAGGGUCUGACUGCAGUGGACUUCACAGACGACUCCAGCCUGAUCGCAGGAGGCUUCGCCGACUCCACAGUACGGGUGUGGAGCGUCACGCCGAAGAAGCUCCGCAAAGUCAAGUCCGCAGCAGACUUGAAUCUGAUCGACAAAGAGUCGGACGACGUGCUGGAGAGGAUCAUGGAUGAGAAGACGGCCAGUGAGUUAAAGGUUCUCUACGGACACAGUGGCCCGGUGUACGGCAUCAGCUUCAGCCCAGACAGAAACUACUUGUUGUCAAGUUCUGAAGACGGUACAGUCCGGCUGUGGAGUCUCCAAACAUUCACUUGUCUGGUGGGCUACAAAGGCCACAACUACCCAGUGUGGGACACACACUUUUCCCCCCACGGGUACUAUUUUAUCUCCGGGGGACAUGACAGAGUUGCCCGUCUGUGGGCGACGGAUCACUACCAGCCUCUUCGGAUGUUUUCUGGUCACCUAGCAGAUAUCACUAGCACCCGCUUCCACCCCAACUCCAAUUAUGUGGCCACGGGGUCUUCUGAUCGCACCAUCCGGCUCUGGGACGUCCUGAGCGGAAACUGUGUCCGCAUCUUCACCGGUCACAAGGGUCCCAUCCAUGCACUGGCUUUCUCUCCCAAUGGGAAGUUCUUGGCUUCAGGAGCCACUGACAGCAGAGUUCUUCUGUGGGACAUCGGUCAUGGGCUGAUGAUUGGAGAGCUUAAAGGCCACACAGAUACCGUCUACUCCCUCCGGUUCAGCAGAGACGGAGAGAUCCUUGCCUCCGGCUCUAUGGACAACACGGUUCGUCUGUGGAAUGCUACGAAAGCAUUUGAUGAUUUAGAGACCGAUGAUUUCACAGCCGCUACAGGACACGUCCAUCUACAAGAUAACUCCCAGGAGCUUCUGCUGGGAACCUACAUGUCUAAAUCCACACCCGUCAUACACCUCCACUUCACCCGAAGGAACCUGCUGCUGGCCGCUGGGGCCUACAAUCCAUGAGACAUUGUUGAAUUAUGAGAAAAUCAAUCUAUAAAGCUUGAAAUUAAGCAAACGGCUGGUCCCCAAGGAACUGAAGAUAAAACAAAACUGUAUUAUCAACACAUCCCCUCUGGUGAGAAUCUAGCUGUGAAUGAAGAUACAAAAUUGGGUUAGCCUUCUCCUGGUCCGGCUCUGUACGACAGAUUCGGUCCAAACUAAUCUAUUGCAGAUAUCCCCUCACCAUGCCAAGUGCCAUUGUUGAUUAGGGACUGUUUUUCUUUGUUUUUUUAAAUCACUGCCAUGAGUACAGCUUUGUUCAACAAAUGGCUGACAUUUCUGUAUCAUAGUAUUUUAUACUGGUGUACACUGUAAAUAAAACAAACAUGUUUUCUAUG